AUGGCGGGGAACAGCAUGUGGAUGGGCCCUUGCAUAACCCAGGCCUUCUGGAAGGACAGUGGCCACAUGGGCUACCACCAUGGGGACCCACAGAUAGAGGAGUUAGAAACAGCUCAGAGAGAAGGGAUGUGGGCUCAGAAGGCUUGUCCGGGGCUGGGGGCCACGCCCCCAAAUGCUCUCUGGUUUGGGCUGCCUGACAGACCUGUGAUAGGCCAAGCUCUGGAGCAAGCGGGAAAUCCCAGAAAGCCCAGGUGGGAACUGAGCCUCAAAGAGCCAAGACCAGCUAGACAAGAAAGAAGAGAGGCCUGCAGAACUGGAUUUUACAAAGAUGGCUGCAACGUAUAUACUUGUGGCUUUGCGGACACCACCGCCUUGAGCCUUUUCCCAUCACCCUUGGUCAACCUCGCCAUGUUCUUGGAAAUUGCUGUCGACGGUGAGCCCUUGGACCAUGUCUCCUUCGAGCUGUUUGCAGACAAAGUUCCAAAGACAGCAGGAAACAUUUGUGCUCUGAGCACUGGAGAGAAAGGAUUCAGCUAUAAGGGUUUCUGCUUUCACAGAAUUAUUCCAGGGCUUAUGUGCCAGGGUGGUGACUUUACAUGCCAUAAUGGCACUGGCGGCACAUCCAUCUCUGGGGAGAAAUUUGAUGAUGAGAACUUCAUCUUGAAGCAUAUAGGUCCUGGCAUCUUGUCCAUGGCAAAAGCUGGACCCUACACAAACAGUUCCCAAUUUUUCAUCUGCACUAAGACUGAAUGGUUGGAUGGCAAGCAUGUGGUUUUUGGCAAGGUGAAAGAGAGCAUGAAUGUUGUGCAAGCCAUGGAGGGCCUUGGGUCCAAGAAUAGCAGGACCAGCAAGAAAAUCACUAUUGCUGACUGUAGACAACUCUAACAAAUUUAACUUGUUUUAUCUUAAACUACCAGAUCAUUCCUUCUGUUGCUCAGGAGAGCAC